UCAAAGCAUUUCCUGUCAAGAUGGCGCUGAGCAGGGGAGCAGGAUUGUGGAGGACAUGCUGCAGGUUGUUACCCAGACAACCUCUCCUGUCUCCAGCUGCUGUCCGGACACAGAGCUCCGUGAGCGGGGACCUGCUGCCCCGCACCUCCCUGUCUAGUCCACCGUGGCCGGAGCAGGUGAUCCCGGUAUCGGAGGAGGAGGAGCGGAGCCGGCACGCCGCCGUGGUGAGCACCGUGAACCAGCGGAUCCAGCAGCAGGACUUCGGCCGCCUGUUCGCCGUGGUGCACUUCGCCAGCCGCCAGUGGAAGGUCACCGUCGAGGACCUGAUCCUGAUCGAGAACCACAUCGAGGCGGAGUGCGGGGAGCGGAUCCGCCUGGAGAAGGUGCUGCUGGUCGGGGCGGAGGACUUCACCCUGCUGGGCAGGCCUCUGCUGGGGAAGGACCUGGUCCGGGUCGAGGCCACCGUCAUCGAGAAGACCGAGUCCUGGCCCAAAGUGCACAUGAAGUUCUGGAAGAGACACCGGUACCAGCGCAAGAAGAUCAUCAUCCAGCCGCAGACGGUGCUGAGGAUCAACAGCAUCGAGCUGGCCCCCAGACUCUCAUGAUGAAGAGGAUGAUGAAGAGUGGACUGUCUCACACACAGACUGUUUGUUUUCAGUUAAUAUAAAUAUGUAAACAAAUGUUGAAGGUGACUCUUUGGACUGUUUCUAUUGAAAUGAGCCCACAUGUUGACCGGGUUUAAAUCUGUAAAUAAUAAAACUUCAGCUUUUUG